AACUUACGCUGCGUCUUUCCCGGAAGCGUGUAGUGCAGUGCGGGCGUCUCCGCUUUCAGUUCGCCAUACUUGCACAAAGCGGCAGUGCACAGACAAUUGGUGAAAGCAGCCGGAAAAGGCAUCGGUGGAAGCUAACGUCAUGGCUGAGCAUGAACCUACUGAAGAGCAGCUGGCGGCCAUCGCGGCGGAGAACGCCGAGAGUGAGAGCGAGACGGUCAACUACAGACCCCCCGCCCGCAAGACCCUGCAGGAGAUCCAGGAGCUCGACAAGGAUGACGAGAGCUUGCAGAAGUACAAGAAGGCCUUGCUGGGAGAUGGCCACGAAUCUGGUGUGGCUGUAUGUGCUUCAGCUGCAGACCCGGCUGUUCCAAACGUCCAGGUGACUCGGCUGACCUUGGUGUGUGAUACCACCCCAAUUCCCCUCACCUUGGACCUGCAGGGAGAUCUGGAGCAAUUCAAGAAGCAAAGCUUUGUGUUAAAAGAGGGGGUUGAGUACAGGAUUAAGAUCAGCUUCAAGGUGAACCGGGAGAUUGUCUCUGGCCUGAAGUUCACCCAGCAGACCUACAGGAAAGGAGUGCGAAUUGAUAAGUCGGACUACAUGGUGGGCAGUUACGGCCCGCGGCCUGCCGAGUACGACUUCCUGACCCCGCUGGAGGAGGCUCCCAAGGGCAUGCUGGCACGCGGCACCUACAACAUCAAGUCCAAGUUCACCGACGAUGACCAGCACGAUCACCUCUCAUGGGAGUGGAACCUCAACAUAAAGAAAGACUGGACAGACUGAGCGGCCUUGUACUGUAGCCUUCUCUCCUCUCCUCUUUUCUCCUCUCCUCUCUUCUCCUCAUCUGUUCAACUCAUGUUCUUCUCAUCAUCAUUCAUUCGUUCAUUCAUUCAUUCAUUAUUUUCUUUACUUCUUUCUUCCUUGAACGUCUCCUUGGUACCUCCUUAUAUUCCCUUUCUCCCCCUCUCCAUUGCUUCCUCCGUCCACAAGUUCACAUCCAUGCUUCAUCUGUCAGCCCCCCUGGUUCAUCCACACUACCCCCCCCCCCCACCCCCCACCCCCCCUUUCCACCACCACCACCACACCCAGCCUUUGUGCUUCCCAAUUAACAGACCUCCUUAAUACAUUAACCUCCUCCACCUCAUUCAGUUUGAACAUACCCCCACCACCACAUCUACUCCGCCGCCUUCUGUGACCAAUUAACCAGACCACUAGAUCUACCACGGAUGUCUGUGUGGUGCACUAACCAGACCACUACAUGCUUAAUCUUUAUCAGCUUUACUGUACGGCCAACUAACCAUAUCACUACUUGUCUUAAGCCAUCGCCAAUUAACCGGACCACCACUACUUGCCACCUUCACUGAAUCACACUAACAAUUUUGUCUUCCACUGUUUUAGUAAAGCGUUUCAGCAAAGGGAGAAGUUCUGCUCCAUCUCAACGACCCCUUUCCCAUCAUCCCCCAUCCAUGCACUCAGACACACUUUUUUAUAUAAUAAGUUGAGCACUGUAAGAGUUUUAGACACUAAAAACAUGGGAGUUUUACCAUCAGUCAGUCAGUCCGAUAGCUUUUGGCCCACUUCCUGCUUCUCUCUCCCUCCUCUCUUCCUUGCUCUCAUUUUUAGCACUCCACUUGUCCUACUUUUCAACUUGUUUCUUUUUUUUCUGUCUUUCUUUCUUUCUUUCUUAUGAUUUCUUUCUUUCACCAAGUUCUGCCUUGUGAAAUGCCUCCCGGAGAAAAAAAAAAUAGAAAAGUGCUGUUCUGUUUUUAGCUGCGUCUGGCAGCUCAAAUACAAUCAACCAUGAACCUCUUCCCGCGGAGAGGCACAGCUAAAGUGAUUAAUGCAAGAGGACACACUGAGAGUUAUCAGGCCGUACUGUAGCGGUGAGGGCAGUAGCAUAUAGCUAGGGAACAGCAAACGCCGCUUCUGCCACACGGUUACAGGGUCACACACACACGCAACGACAAAACACACAAUGAUUGUUGUUGUCGAUGGUGACCUUUGUAAAUCAAUCCAGCUUUAAUCGCAACCGGUGGAAGUCAGUGCGGUCCUUGUUGUAUCGCAGCAACACCACACCUAACGUCUGAAUGUCAGCAGUUUAGGGCAAUCGCACCUUCGCCCCACCAGGUCAUACUCAUUAGUGUUCAAAUAAUGACUGAAAACCUACAACUGAAAAAGAAAACAGUACUAACAUUCUCAUUUGAGUCACACACUGGAUCUUUCUAGCAUAAGGUAGCAAAAGAGAAAACAAAGAUGGCGAAUCCGCUCCUGCCUUACUGGAAACGAUGAUGAUGGAGAGUGAAAUUUUGUAUGCAUUCUAGGCUCUACAUCAAUGACUUGUGUGUCAUGAAAGCACGUCAUCCCCUGCUUGCUACUAGCAGUAAGAAGGACCAAUCAUCAAGCUUACUUUUGUGCCAAUUAGAUUGGGGCCCUUCGAAAAAUUCUAGCACUCUUACUAAAGUGACUUAAUCCUGAACUGGCUGAUAAUGAAUGUCAUUACAUUUUUUUCUUUGUUGUUUUUGCGCUAUAAACCAUGAAAGGAAUUAAAAAACGUCUACAUUUGAAAAUGAAAAACAAAAAAAGAUAUCACUUCAGUGAUUGCAUGGGAAGUUGAGUCAUCCAGGCUUUCAGAACCUCUAGUCAUGCCUUAUUUAGAGCACCUCCAGACAUUUGCACUCACACAAACACCAUAUCAUGUGAAUGUACAGCAGGCAAUGUAAUGAGCUGUUUGUAAUGAUUGUUUUGUAAAGUGGCAUUUGCAAAUAGACUGUCGGGGAAGACUACCGCAAAAAAACAUGAUUACCACCAGUCCUCUACCUUUCUUUAACCCAGAAGUAUUAUCAUAAGCACAAGACGACGCCGUAGUGAACAAAAACAAAAAUACCAUAAUAGAACCAGUACUCUGACCCUGGUCCAGCACUAGGUUGCAAUGUCACUCUCCUCCACCGUAGCCAAUUAACAACUCGAGGAUAGGGAGGCCUUAAAAGGACCGCUGUGGUCUGUGAUUUAAAAUCAAAACACUAAUGUUCAAUUAAUCUUAAACUGUUGUUGUCUUGUUUCGUUUGCCUUAAUGGACGUUCAUGUCUGGACACAGACCUCCCACACAGAGCUGUGAGAAACGCUGCAUCCAUUUCUCUCCUGACUUUCCUGCAUCCUUAAACUCUUCCAAAAAGGUCAGAGGUCAUGGCUGCCCAGUAGCAUAGCAACAGAUAACAGGGCUUACCCCUGCCUAUCCAAAUGGCAAAGGCCUACCUCUGUCUAUGGCUUUCCCAUUAAAGCGCAUUAGUUUAGGGUUGGUAUGUUAAGGCAAUAUGGCUAACAGUUAUUCCACCAGGCAAGCAUAUCCACCACAUUUAAGCCUUAUUGUCUCCAUCUCCACAUUAUCUUUACUUAAGGAAAAUCAGUGGAGAGAACUCACUGGAAAGUUAGCGUAACAGAGACAGAGAGCCAAGACAGAAUCAGCAUCGAAACCUGGGGUCUGCUGCUCCUAAACCCUUCUUCAAGUCGUCUUUCUGAGAUCCCCCUCAAAUACUGUAACCUGAGAAUACCCCUGGGGUUAGGCCCGCUCAGAAGCAGCAAAUGCAAGAGAGAUUUGUGUUGGUAGUGCGUGUAACCUGAACAGAAUAACACACCUGGUGACAAGCGUUUUUGGUUUCUGUGUGGAUGGUGUGUGUGAAGGGGCCACGCGGAAAUGUGAGUUGGUGUGACGAGUGUAAGUUUAAUGACUGUUUCAAAGUGUUUCAUGUUAGGUGUAUGCUCCUCUGCUGAUUCAUACAUUCCUUGACAUUGUGCUCUUUUUAUUUGUAAGAAUGAACAACAGGUUGGCAUGCCAGUCGCGGUUGUGUGAAUGUUCUACCAUCAUUUGUGAUCGCUCUUCCUGGUCAAUAAAUAUUUUUGUUUGA